AUGGCUCUCAAGAGAAUCAACAAGGAACUCACUGACCUCGGCCGUGAUCCCCCCUCGUCUUGCUCGGCUGGUCCUUCUGGAGAUGACCUGUUCCACUGGCAAGCAACGAUCAUGGGUCCUGGUGACUCCCCAUACUCCGGCGGUGUCUUCUUCCUCUCGAUCCACUUCCCCACCGACUAUCCGUUCAAGCCCCCCAAGGUCAACUUCACCACGCGCAUCUACCACCCCAACAUCAACUCCAACGGCAGCAUCUGUCUAGAUAUUCUCCGAGACCAGUGGAGCCCCGCUCUCACCAUCUCCAAGGUGCUGCUGUCCAUCUGCUCGAUGCUCACAGACCCCAACCCGGAUGAUCCGUUGGUGCCCGAGAUCGCCCACGUCUACAAGACCGACCGUCCCCGGUACGAAGCCACCGCUCGUGAGUGGACGCGCAAGUACGCCAUUUGA